AACAUCGUCGAGUGAUCGUUAUCAGUAUUCAUAACUUAAAUGGAAUCAUUCGAAACGACAGCUUGUCGCGAAACCAAGUCAGGGAAGUCUAUCAACGAAAAGAGAUGUCUGUUCGUCGCGUGCCUUAAACACCAUGAUGAUGGCCUGUCCAUGGUGCAAAUCUUGUUGUAAGUUGUGUUUCUUAUUGAAUGAAAGACGAUCAUCGGCGUGUCAUGGAGGACAGCGGUCAAGUGCAUUCAAGCACACUCCUGGAGGAGACCUUUUAUGUCACGUCCAAGAAGAACACGUAUUACAAGGUCCGACUGACCGAGAAGGGUCUCAGCUUGGAGAAAGACAAUAAUGGUGCGACGAAGGUGGAAACGAUCGUUCUGAGCGACAUAAUCGGAUGCAGAUGUAUGCGCUCGAAACGUAAAAGCGCGGGAAGCUGUGUUUGUGGUCCGGGCACAUCGAGAUCCCAGUUCAAGCUCGUCGAGUCCGCGGAAGCUUAUCAGUGCUACGACGAGUUCGACACCUCGGCCUACCUGUACAUUUAUGCUUACACGUUGAAGAAGGCGCGUAUGAAGGGUGUCAAGAGGCGCGAGAGAACCACGAUCACCCUACGGUUCCGCAGCUUUGACAAGUACGAGGAUAAUCUACGAGAGGCUAGCAGGUGGCGAUUAGCCAUUAAAUGCCUCAUUGUUGACGUACCUGUGCCGAAAAAUUUCAUGAGCCCCACUCACGAGAAUCUUGAGUCCCUAAUCAAUGCGUGUCCAGGCGAACAACGGAAGCUUCUUGUUCUGUUGAAUCCGAAAUCGGGGCCUGGCAGGGGCCGUGAGACGUUUCAAAAGAGGAUCCAUCCGAUUCUAUCCGAGGCAGAGAGGCCUUACGAGGUGCACAUCACCAAGUGUCCCAAUUACGCUCGUGAGUUCGUCCGUACGAGGGACAUUUAUCAAUGGAGCGGGUUGCUGAUGGUCGGCGGGGACGGUAUCGUGUUCGAGGUGGUGAAUGGCCUUUUUCAAAGGCCCGAUUGGGAGAGGGCCCUCAGGGAGCUUCCACUCGGCGUGAUACCGUGCGGCUCCGGGAACGGCCUGGCGAAAUCCAUUGCGUACGCUAAACAGGAGCCGUACGAUUACAAUCCUCUACUGGUCAGCGCGCUGUCUGUGGUCAAGUAUAAGACCGCGCAGAUGGACCUGGUCCGGGUCGAGACGAGGAAACAUAUACUAUUCUCGUUUCUGUCUAUCGGCUGGGGCCUGUUGGCCGACAUUGACAUUGAAAGUGAACGCCUACGAGCGAUCGGCGGCCAAAGGUUCACCGUGUGGAGCGUCGCCCGUCUCAUAGGAUUACGAACGUACAGGGGCAAGGUGUCCUAUCUGCCGUGUGAUAAAGUACCGUCCGCCGAGAGUCUCGGAAACGGCAAGGCCUACAACGAAUACACGAAAGAUGCUCAAAUAUCGCACUCGAGGAGCUACGGUGACGAUUUGGAUAGGUGUAGUAAAAUCAGCGAGUCGAAGAGCUACCACGACGCGCUCGACGGUGAUCCAGCUAUUCUGGACGACUUCGAUGGCUGUGAAGAUAGCGAGAUAAUAAGCGAAAGUAUCACGCUCGAAACGGAAGCGGAGAAACGGCACAGGCUGGAUAGCUUUUAUUCCGCGACGUCCGCGAGAUCCACUUACUUUAGUACGGGUUCAAUUUCUAGUUACCAUAGCAUCGUCGAGCCAGACAAUGGGGAAAUCGAUGCAGGGAACAACAUUAACCAAGCUAUGUAUGGUCCAUCUUCGAGGUUGCCUGCGUUGACUUCCGAAUUGCCAAGUUCUUGGACGCAAGUUCAAGGUGAAUUUGUUAUGGUUCACGCGGCGUAUCAGUCACACUUGGGUCAGGAUUACUUCUUCGCGCCCCGUGCCAAAUUGGCGGAUGGUAUUAUUUGGCUCAUAAUAGUUAAAGCCGGUAUUACACGGGCCACUUUACUGCAGUUCCUGUUGGGUUUAAGUAGUGGUACCCAUCUAACACGUUCUGGCAUCGACAUGAUACCCGUAAAGGCAUUCCGAAUAGAACCAGAGGACGGCGUGAUUGGUCACAUAACCGUGGACGGGGAAAGAGCAGACUACGGACCGUUGCAAGCAGAGAUAUUUCCGUCCUUGGCGUCGGUGAUGUCUCCUUGAUACAGAUGGCAGACAACCGUCUAAGGAACUAGCAACGGAAUCAAAUGGUACAAUCCUAAAACAUUGAGUUCAAUUGUGCGGUAGCAUGCCCCUGGCGACAAUACUGUAUUAAAUAUAUUAAUGUACAUUCGGGAUUGGCACUUUUAGUCCAACGUGGUGAUAGGUGUAUAUUCUAGACUGUGAAUUUAACACAAAUCAUUCCAUGCAAUGUAUUCAACGGAUUUUUUAAUUUAACGAAGUCAACGCAGUCAUAGUUUGUAUUAACGCCAAUGGUUAUUUCAUAGAGUUUUAAUAUUUAUAUAAUAUCAUACAAUAGUGCUCGUUAACUGGUAACAAUUCAAUUGCAUCUGUUAGCCUAAGGUAUAUGUCUUUUGGACUGUUUCCCGUAUGACGCACAAUACUUGAAAUAUUCCACAGGCUUUGUGCUAGUGAGCAAGUACUAUUGUUAAGCUUACAACAUAAGAAUCAGAUUGUAUAUUUUCUUCGCCAUUAAUUAUUACGAAAGGCCAUUUAUAUUUAAUCAAAUUAGCGAUUA